UAACCCAGGGACUCUUAUAAAGCAGAGUCUGGUGCACACCCUUAACCGAGGGGUCAGGACCACGGCAGAACAGUUUGUAAUCUGUAUCUGAGAAGCGGUUUACGGUUGAAAGAGCGAAGAACACCUUUCUGGAUCAGUGGCCAUGUUAAAUCUUGUAAUCUUCUGCUGGUUGAGUCUCAACAUGGUGCAGGUGGCGUCCGGUCUCGUCCGCACUAACCGCAUGGAGGACUCGCGUCCAAGCAUAAGGAGGACAGACAAUUCAUUUUUCUCAGACAUUACUGUGCAAGACUCGGCUCCAGGAGUGGAUCCUGUACGACCCAGGAUUGAUUCAGUGGAAGAGCAGCUGAUGGUGGAUCCUGUUUCCUAUGAUGAGUACCCACAGGACGUGGCUGAUGCAGUGCAGCUGCAGAGGAGAGGCACGCGCUCCCCCGGCCGCUGUAUCCCCCAUCAGCAGUCCUGCCUGGGCCACCAGCUGCCCUGCUGCGACGCCUGUGACACCUGCUACUGCCGCUUCUUCAAAGCCUUCUGCUACUGCCGCAGCAUGGACCACACCUGCAAACACGGGCGUGCCUAGCAUUCAUAAGGCUGACCCUGGAUGAGGUGCUGGUAGCUGUAAAUGUGCCGGGAAGUCACACAAAUGCACAUGAUGAACAUGCAAAGAUGCAAAAUUUACAAAGAUUAUAAGAUUAUUUUGAAUGUAUUUAACUACAGUAUCACAAACCUUGUGUCAUACCUCAAUAUCAUCUGCAUUUUUGUAAUUAUUUAUAUGCACACAUAUUAUUGUAGUGUAGGUCCUUUUUUUUUAAUUUGUUACAGGGAAAACCACUGCAAAUUGUCACAAUCUAUUUAUAGUGCUAUCGUAGGAUUGUUCUUCAGACAGACUGAAAAGUGGCUGAUUGCAGACAUUAUUCCAAAACGAUUACCAUCAGAUUCACAGUAUUGUGACAAUGUAGUGUCCUCAAUAUGGCCAUAAAGUAAUGCAACCCUUAUACACCAUUUUAAAGGGGUACUGUUGUAUUUAAGCCACUUUGUCAUUAAAAGCUUCAUAAAUAGGUUUGUAAUUGCCUUAAAUUCAGCAAAGUAAACAGCAUUCACAUUAAUGUAAUCCUACAGAGUGCCUCUAAUUGCACAU